AUGUUACCCAGCCAGGCCGGGGCCGGGAACGGCGCUGCCGCCCUGGCCCGCGGCUCCGGCAUGGGCAUGGCCCGGGCCGCCUCGGGCCGGCCGGGGGCCGGGGCGCCGCGCGGCGCGAACGGCGGCGGAGCGGGCGGCCGCGGCCCUGGCAACGGCGCGGGGCUGGCGGGGGGCCGCUUCGAGCGGGACCGGGACGCGGCGGCGGCGGGGGCCGGGCCGCUCUACAGCGGCAGCGAGGGCGACUCGGACUCGGCGGAUGAGGACGAGCUGGGCAGCGGCGAGCGGCGCGGCCUGAAGCGGAGCCUGGCGGACGUGGAGCUGGCGGGGGUGGGGCCCGAGGCGGCGGUGGCGGCGGCGGCCGGGGGCUACGGCGGGGUGAGCGGGGCCGUGAGCGGAGCCAAGCCCGGCAAGAAGACCCGGGGCCGGGUCAAGAUCAAGAUGGAAUUUAUCGAUAACAAGCUGCGGCGCUACACCACGUUCAGCAAGCGGAAGACCGGCAUCAUGAAGAAGGCCUAUGAGCUCUCCACCCUGACGGGUACUCAGGUGCUGCUGCUGGUUGCCAGCGAGACGGGCCACGUGUACACGUUUGCCACGCGGAAGCUGCAGCCCAUGAUCACCAGCGAGACGGGGAAGGCGCUGAUCCAGACGUGCCUGAACUCCCCGGACUCACCCCCCCGGUCCGACCCCACCACCGACCAGCGCAUGAGUGCCACGGGCUUCGAGGAGACUGACCUCACCUACCAGGUGUCCGAGUCCGACAGCAGCGGCGAGACGAAGGACUCGCUGAAGCCUGCAUUCACAGUUACCAACUUGCCAGGGACGACGUCGACCAUCCAGACCGUGCCCACCACCUCCACGUCCAUGCAGGUCAGCAGCGGCCCCUCCUACCCGAUCACCAACUACCUAGCGCCGGUCUCGGCCAGCGUCAGCCCCAACACCGUCACCAGCGCCAACGGGACAGUGCUCAAAACGACGGGCACCAGCGCCGUGGCCUCCGGAGGGCUCAUGCAGCUCCCCAGCGGCUUCACUCUCAUGCCAGGCGGCACCGUGACGCAGCAGGUUCCAGUGCAGGCCAUCCAGGUGCAUCAGGCCCCACAGCAAACGUCUCCAUCCAGCGACAGCAGCACCGACCUCGCCCAGACCUCUUCCAGUGGAACAGUGACACUGCCAGCGACGAUCAUGACUUCGUCUGUGCCAACCACAGUGGGAGGCCACAUGAUGUACCCCAGCCCUCACGCCGUGAUGUAUGCGCCCACCUCAGGCCUGACAGACGGGGGGCUGACCGUCCUCAAUGCCUUCUCCCAGGCAUCCUCGGCAAUGCAGGUCUCCCACGGACAGGUCCAGGAUCAGGGUGCGGUCCCCCAGGUGUUCCUGACGGCCCCAUCGGGCACUGUUCAGAUUCCGGUCUCAGCCGUCCAGCUUCACCAGAUGGCUGUCAUUGGCCAGCAGUCCGGCAGCAGCAGCAACUUGACAGAGCUGCAGGUGGUGAACUUGGACACGUCCCACGGCGCCAAGAGUGACUGA